AUGGUUUUCGAAGAUGAAAGCAGUGAGGACACGUCCAGCCUGCCGUACAUGCACUCGACCUCAUCCACGGACGGGCUUAACCAGGAAGGGCAGAAUUGUGGGUUUGUUGAAUGGGUUGAUCACCAGUGGCCCCCAACAAUGCAAAAUGCAUUGUUGAAGCUGUGGGCCAUGGUUGAAGUUAGCAAGAGUGCUAGGGUGAAUGAUAAUCUUGAAAGUUCUUUCACUAUCCACCAUCUGACAGAAGAGAAGAACAAGCUGGAGGCCAACUAUGACAAGUUAGUCCAAGAUGUGCAUGAGCUUAUGACCUUCCAGGAGGACAGGGUGGUGGAUUUUAGAUAUCUGCAGGAUAACCUUACAUAUCAGCAGCAAUGCAGAAGUGAACUGGUGGCUGAUCUGAAGGCACAGAUGGCAAAGAAAGAUGCAGAGUUUGAGAAGCUUAAGCAGAAUUAUGAAGUGCUACUGAACAUGACAAGAGCACAAGAAAUAGUCAUCCAGAACUUGAAGUUGAAGCAUAUUACAGAUAAGCAAUUGCUUAGUGAAGAUAAGAUGAACUUGGAGUUGAAGAAUGCAGAGCUCAGAAAGUCUGAGGAGAAGCUCACCCAAGAGAAGCUAGAGUUGAAGUUUCAGGUUGCUGAUUUGCUUAAGGGAAAGGAAAAGCAUGGUGAAGAGAAGGGGCAGCUAGAGCUUCAGAUUGCUGAGCUGAUGAAGGAAGAGGAGAAGCUGAAGGAGAAGAUCAAGGGGAUCCCGGCCAUCUUAGAGAAGUGA